AUGAGCUCAACGGGCGGCAACUACGGGUCCGUCACCAACUCGGUGCCAGUCGUGAACGGCGACUCGCACGCCCACGCCGACGAAGAGCAGCCCCUCCUAGGCGGCGGCGGCGGUGCCCGGAAACCAGCUUCCAAGUCUCUGCGGAAGAAGCUCACCACAGACGUGCAGCGUGACUGGGCCGACCUAGUUCUCCUAGCAUGCUACAUUAUCACUGGCCUGCUCGACAGCUCUUCCAUCUCCAUCUGGGGCUCUUUUGUGUCUAUGCAAACAGGAAACACAGUCUACAUCGGCCUCGGCCUCGCCGCGCCCACCGAAUCCACCCGCUGGAUCAAGUCCGCCACCUCGCUCAUCUCAUUCUGUCUCGGCUCCUUCUUCUUCAGCCGUUUCCACCGCUUCUUCUCCCCCAAGAAGCGCUGGGUCCUCUGCGCAUCCUUCAUCGCCCAGACGCUCCUCUGCGUCGCCGCCGCCGUCAUCUUGACCGUCGGUCCUGCGGCUGGCAAGGACGAGAUCGCCUGGAACGUCCUCGUGCCCAUCGCCCUCAUCGCCUUCCAGAGCUGCGGCCAGGCCGUCACGAGUCGCGCGCUCAAGUAUAACGCGCUCACGAGCGUCGUGUUGACGAGUAUUUAUUGCGACCUGUUCUCUGACGCGGAACUUUUCAGCGUCCGCAACGCUGAGCGGAAUCGUAGGGUCGGCGCGCCCGUCUUGCUUCUUAUUGGUGCCAUUUGCGGCGGCUUGUUUGCACACAGUUCCUUGGGAAUUGCUGGUGCUCUAUGGACGGCGGCUUUCUUGAAGUUCCUCAUCGUCUUGUCGUGGUUCUUCUGGCCGGGUGAACCGACUUCGGAUGAAGAGUAG